AUGGGUGCUUGCUAAAUCAAAUCUAAACUAAAAUCAGAAUAAUAAAAAAGACUUGAAAUUAGAAAGAAAUUAAACUUUAGCAAAACAAUAAUAAGUGCCACUGUCAAGAACUAUACUUUUGAAAGUUAAUAAACAGUUAAAACAGAGCAAACAGUAUAGAAAGAGCAAGUCUGUAGUGUGUAAAACUCUACUCAAAAUUUUAAUAAAGUCUACACUGUCUUAAAUUAAUACAAACCUAUUAAAGGUAUUUGUUUUAAAAUAUUUUAUUCAGUAGGAGAUGAUUAGAUAUUAACAAUUUAACAUAACAUCAAUGGACAAGUGAGGCAUGCGAGAUUGAUUGAAAGAUCGAGAGAGAACAAUUCCUGGAUAGAAAAUUUCUUAAAAUAAAAUUUUGUACCAUUAAUUUAUUAAUAUAGAAUCAUCCGAAUAUUAUUAAAGUUUAUGAAUAUUUUUCUUCAGAUAAAGAUUAUCAUAUAAUAACUUAAGAAUAGAUUUUAGGCAUUCCAUUAUGCGAUUACAUCAAACCAAGCGAAUAGAUUAAAGAAGUUUUAGCUGCUUAGCUAAUUCUUUAAAUAUUAUAGGCUAUAUAAUAUUUACAUUAAAAUAACAUUAUACAUGGAAGAAUAUCUUAAAAUUCAUUCUUUUUCGCUUAAGAAAAUAAUUUUACUAAAUUAAAGUUAAUUGACUAUAAAGAAAUUUAUUUGAAACCAGAACUUAAUCUUAAUUCAAUAAUGUUCAUACCUCCAGAAUUAUUAACUAUGAUUCAAGAUGAAAAGUUUUCAAAAGAAGGUGAUAUUUGGGCUUGUGGAAUAUUAAGUUAUCUGAUAUUGAAUAGUGCAUCCCCUUAUUCUAAAUGCAAAACUAUAUAAAGCAUGCAAAAUUAGAUAAUGAGAGGAGCUAUAAUAUAUGAAUCUACAAACUUCGAUAGAAUUUCUAAUUUAGCAAAAAAUUUUCUAAAAAAAAUGUUAGCAAGAUUAUUAACUCAACGCCCUACAAUUUCCAUAGCUAUUAAUGAUUAAUGGAUUAGUUAAAAUAUAAUACCAAAGAAAAUUAAUUGUAAAGAUACUUUAAAUAAAUUUUCUUAAUUUAAAUAAGUUAAUAAGCUUUAGUUUCAUAUCAUGAUUUAUAUGAUUAAUGUAUUUUUUAGUUAAGCUUUCUCAUAAUUAAUUAAUACAUUUAAUGAAUUUGAUACGAACAAGGAUGGAAGAGUUAAUAUUGAGGAAAUGAUGAUUGCUUAUAAAGCUUUAGGGAGAGCAGAAGAAGCAAAAAAAGAAAUUAAACAAAUUUUUGAAAAAAUAGACACUGAUGGAAGCGGUGAUAUUGAUUUUUAUGAAUUCUUAAUAGCAAUCACAGAUCGUUAAGCUCUUUUAACAAUCUAAAAUCUAUAAUUAACCUUUUAGACUUUCAACGUUAGCAGAAAUGGAAGACUUACUGAAUAAGAAUUAUCUUAGGCAUUAUAAAUUCCUAUUGAAAUUAUUUAAGAAAACCUUUCUAAUUAAAAUCUUUAAAAAAAUGGAAAAGUAAAUAAUGCAAUUAUUUUUAGAUUACUUUAGAUUUAAAAUCAUUUAAGGAGUUUAUGUUGGAAUUAUUAUGA